AUGAAUUUUAUAAAAUAAAUUUUCUCGAAAACAUCUUUACAAUAAUAACAACCAAAAUCCUUGAAUCAAAAUUCUGAUUUUUCAAUUCUUGAUCCUUCAUUUACUUAAGUAAGAACGAAGGAUGCCAAAUUAUUAAUCAAAGAUAUGAAUAAAUUAGAAUAAGUUCUUAAGUUCCAACCAGAAUCAAUUAAUGAGUAACUCAAAAGAUGUUAUGCAUUGCAUAUUAUUCUUAAGAGUGUUCAUUAUUAAGUGAUAAACAAAGUUAUUAUAAGUUGUCAAUAAAAUCAAGUAAAUUACAUCAUAAAAUAGAGAUAAAACCAAUUUCACUUAAUAUAUAACCAAAAACAGCAGCUACUACAAAUAUUAACUAAACAUGUUAGAUUAUGUCAGAUUAAUAAAUGAUUGCUACUUAGCUUUAAAAUUCUAUGUAUCUGAAUGUUUGUGAUGUAAUCAUUUUAUUAUAUUUAUAUAGUAAUUCUAACUUUAUGAACAAAUACAUUAAAAUGAAUCUGAGUUUAUGAAUAUCUACUUCAAUUACAUAUAGAGGAUAUCUUAAAAUUCAGAUGUCUAUAAUUCUUGUAAAAUUCAUCAAUAUCCAAACCAAGAUGAAAUCUUAAACACAUAAUUUUAAUUUUUUUGGCUUUUCAAAAUAAUAAAUAUGCUUAACUUUAAACUGAGUUUUAUCCCAUAUCUCCAGUAAGCAUUUAAUCAGAAAACAUAAAAUUCUUUUAUCAUUAGAGAUAUUGCUUACUUAAUUUAUAAAGAUUGUUUAAUGGAAUAUGGUUUCUUAAGAAACGAAAUUACAGAUAUGAUUGAUUCAUAUUCAUAAUUCUAAGUCAAUGAUUGUAAGUCCAAAUAUUUUAUUUUUAGUGCUGCAAUUCUAUUAACUAGUAUUUAUAAUGCUAGAAAUUAAUAAAAAAAUGCAAAUUUUCUAUAACAUGAGAUAAAAUUUUGCACUGGACUCUUCGUCAGUUAGAGAAAUCAAAUUGUUUUCAAUUGAAAAAAAGCAAUUAAUAGAAAUAGAAAACUUUAUUUCUAAAGCAUAACUUUUAAACACUGCUCAAUUUAAAUAAAGCUUAAUUAUUCCAUAUUAAAAAAUUGUUGUGGAAAAUCUUUUGAAGGUUAUGUAAGACCCAUCUCAUAUUCAAAAUUCUUUUCCAAAAGUAUUUUUAUAUUUUUAUCACAAGGAAUCAAUAACUUCCAAAAAUAUUAAGAAAAUUAAUGAAUCACUAUAUUCACCUUUAAAUUCUAAAUAAAUUACAAAAUCAAAUUAUUCAAGAUAAUUGUCAAAAAGUUGA